UAAUGGUCAAUUUGGUAUAGUCGGAAACCCUAGAAUCUGAUUGACAAUAUAUAAAAUCCUUCUCUACUCACUACCCAACGAUCUCCUCUGGUUUUCUCCUGCCUUUGCUGCCGCCGGGAAUUCUACCAACUCCUUGCUUCUAUAUCUACAUUCGCCAUGUCGCUGGUAGCAAACGAGGAUUUUCAGCACAUUCUGCGUGUUCUCAACACCAACGUGGAUGGGAAGCAGAAGAUUAUGUUUGCUCUCACUUCAAUUAAAGGUAUUGGAAGGCGUUUUGCUAACAUCGUCUGCAAGAAGGCUGAUGUCGACAUGAACAAGAGGGCUGGUGAACUAACUGCUGCUGAGUUGGACAAUCUCAUGGUGGUUGUUGCCAAUCCACGACAAUUUAAAAUUCCCGACUGGUUUUUGAAUCGGCAGAAAGACUACAAGGACGGGAAGUAUUCUCAAGUAGUUUCAAAUGCAUUGGACAUGAAGUUGAGAGAUGAUUUGGAGCGGUUGAAGAAGAUUAGGAACCACCGAGGUCUAAGGCAUUACUGGGGCCUCCGAGUCCGUGGUCAGCACACUAAGACCACUGGUCGCCGAGGGAAAACUGUUGGUGUCUCCAAGAAGCGUUGAUCGAGUCAAGUAUGUUGUGGUUGGGCAAAUCAAGUUCUUUGGCCUUCUAGUUGAACAUUUGAGCUGUACUUUCUUUUUGGAAUUUUUAUUUCAGGAUGUGGUAUUUUUGUUUAAGUUUUCCCCCUUUUUGCUAUUGUCUUUUAGGCUAGAAAAGGAAGGUUGAGAAUGACAAAUAGUAAAGCUUAUGAAUCCAUCCAUAUUGAUCUUUUUGGUGUGAAAAAGUGUCGAAAGAUUUUAUUUAUAGAAAUCUUGUUUGGCGCAA